AUGGCUACCAGGACCAUGGACUUCUACUAUCCUACGCAGCGAGAUUCGAUCUCGGCUGAUUUCACAGAUCUGGCUCUGUACGACCCCCAACAGGCCGACUUCAACACAGACUCGGCGGCACCCUCGCCUGUCUCUCCUACCUUCCCCGUCCUCACAAACGCAUACCAGCUUCCUCAAGCUGCCGACUGGAUCAACUGGUCUGGCAAGGCCGCUUUGUCUCCAGAAUUCCCAAGCACCGACUCCUUUGACAGCCCCAUCCUCUCCGCCCGAUUCCCCACUUCAACAAGUCCGGCGGUGAAUCCUCUCGACCUAGCGAAGCGGGAGACCGAUACCAUUGCCUUCGUAGAUGGCAGCUUCGACGACCUUCAGACGCCUCUCUUCGACAACAUCGACACGGCACCCGCCAAUCCCAUCUCGAGCAAAUCCAGAAAGAUCAAGGCCUCUUCGACAGCAGCGACCCGCAACAACGUCUUGGAAGCCCUCUCGCCAACGACAACAGACGAGGGGAGAUAUCCCUCGCGCAAGCGAAAGUCUCUCGCCUCUGCCUCGGAAACGAGCUCCUCGUCAGCUCGCUCCUCUCUCGCCCCUCCUUCACCGCCUCUUGCUCCCGUUACUUCUCGACGCACAUCAGGAGGAUCCUCCUCGACCACGGAGCGCGGGCAGCCCAAGAAGACGGCGCACAACAUGAUUGAGAAGCGCUACCGCAACAACCUCAACGACAAGAUCGCCGCCCUCCGCGACGCCGUGCCAUCUCUCCGCGUAGCCGCUUACAGGCUCGAGAAUGGCCAGACCCCCGAGGAUGCCGAGCUCGAGGACGACGUCACAAGCGAGCUUGGUGGGCUUGCUCCCGCUCAGAAGCUAAAUAAGGCCACCAUUCUCAGCAAGGCUGCCGAGUACAUUCUGCACCUUGAGCGCAAGAAUAAGGAGCUAGCUGACGAGAACGCCCUGCUGAAGCGGAGAGCGGGUGACGUUGACGCGGCGACCGGUGGUCUGGACGGUCUCUGGCGAUGA